AUGUCGUCCACAAAGCGCUACUCAAACCUCGACCUCGUCAACACCGUCGACAGCUUCCCCUCCCCCGCCCUCCACCCCGCCCUCCACGCCGAGCGCCUCUCCACCCUCACAGUCUUCACCCACGCCACCCACCCGCUCGGCUACCUCCUCCCCGCCGUCGUAGCAGCCCUCACCAACACCGCCCUCUCCGGCACCCACUGGACAAUCACCGGCGCCACCAUCACCCUCCACGGCGCCACCCCCGCCGAGCGCUCCGCAAACAUGCUCAAAACCUCACCGCCUGGCGCUCCGCAAACACAUUCGCCCGCGUGCGCGCUCUUUGGCGUCGUCACGUACGGCGUGCACAUGACGGCCCAUGUCCCCUCGCCCCUGCGCAUCUGGGUGCCGACGCGGAAUCCGGCGAAGCCGACGUAUGGCGGGAUGCUGGACAACACUGUUGCGGGCGGGAUCGCGGCGGGGAUGGGGGUCUUUGAGACGCUGGUGAAGGAGAGUGGGGAGGAGGCGAGCUUUGGGAGGGGGCUGGUGGAGGGGGCGGCGAGGAGUGUGGGUGCGGUGAGUUACUUUUAUGAGAGGCAUAGGAGUGCGGGUGGGGAGGAGGGGCUGUUGCAGCCCGAGGUGCAGUUGUUGGGGGUGGAGGAGGUGAAGGAGGAGCUGGCAAAGGGGAGCUUUAAGCCGAACUGUGCGAUUGUCCUGCUCGACUUCUUCAUCCGCCACGGCAUCAUCACGCCCGAGAACGAGCCCAACUACAUCGAGAUCUGCUCGCGCAUCCACAGGCGCUUCGAGUUCCCGACUUGGUAG